AUGACUAGUGGAUAUGGUGGUGGGAGUGGGGUCGGAGUGAAAGGAGUGUUCAUAGGAGCAGGUUGCAACAGAAUAGUGAACAACGUUUCAUGGGGUGCUUGUGAUUUUGUCGCUUUUGGUGCCCAAAACGCCGUCGCUAUUUUCAACCCCAAGACUGCUCAAAUUUCGACUACGCUUCCGGGACACAAGGCUGCUGUGAAUUGUACCCAGUGGCUCCCAAGUAACAAGUUUGCAUUUAAAGCUAAACAUUUGGACCGGCAUUAUUUGCUAUCUGGAGAUGCCGCUGGUGCCAUUAUUUUAUGGGAGUAUUCUGUUCUUGAAGGGAAGUGGAGGAAUGUACAACAAGUACCUCAGUUGCACAAGAAGGGUGUCACAUGUAUUACUGGAAUUAUGGUUUCUCAAACUGAGGCAGUCUUUGCCUCUACUUCUUCCGAUAGUACGGUUCAUUUAUGGGAGGUUGUUUUUCCAUCUACUAGUGGAGGUGACUGUAAUUUGUUGCAUCUGGAUUCUCUGUGUGUUGGUGUAAAACCUAUGGUAGCGCUUUCAUUAUCUGAGUUGCCCGGAAGUGCUGGCUAUUUAGUCCUGGCAAUGGGAGGACUGGAUAACAAGAUUCACCUUUACUGCGGGGAGAGGAGAGGAAAGUUUGUUCGAGGUUGCGAGUUGAAAGGGCAUACAGAUUGGAUCAGAAGUCUAGAUUUCUCAUUACCUGUAUGCACCACUGGUGAGGCAAAUAACGUCCUACUUGUGAGUUCUUCUCAAGACAGAGGCAUACGCAUAUGGAAGAUGGAUUUGAGGGAUUCGUUGGACAGCAACCAGAGUGCUUACAGGAAAGAAAAAAUAAGGUUAGCAUCUUAUAUAGAGGGCCCUGUACUUGUUGCUGGCACAAACUCAUAUCAGAUAUCAUUGGAAUCUCUUCUAAUUGGACAUGAGGACUGGGUGUAUUCAGUGGAGUGGCAACCCCCAUCAACUGCAUCUCCAGAAGGGAUUGCCUACUGUCAACCCCAGAGCAUCUUAUCUGCAUCUAUGGACAAAACAAUGAUGAUUUGGAAACCAGAAAAGACUUCUGGUAUCUGGAUGAAUGUUGUUACUGUCGGAGAGUUAAGUCAUUGUGCUCUGGGGUUUUAUGGUGGCCAUUGGAGCCCUAAUGGAGAUUCAAUUUUAGCACAUGGAUAUGGUGGAUCUUUCCAUCUCUGGAAAAAUGUCGGUACUGAUUUUGAAAAUUGGCAACCACAAAAAGUUCCAUCUGGGCAUUUUGCAGCAAUAACAGAUAUUGCGUGGGGAAGAUAUGGUCAAUACUUGCUGUCAGUCAGUCACGACCAGACAACUCGAAUUUUUGCUCCUUGGCAAAAUGAGGCGUCUCUAGGAGACGAGGAAUCUUGGCAUGAAAUUUCUCGCCCUCAAGUUCAUGGUCAUGAUAUUAACUGUGUGGCCAUCAUCCAAGGAAAGGGGAACCAUCGUUUUGUCAGUGGAGCUGAUGAGAAAGUUGCCAGGGUGUUUGAAGCUCCUUUAUCUUUCUUGAAGACAUUGGGUCAUGCCAUUUCACAAAAGUCUAGCUUUACUGAGGAUAUCCAAGUAGGUGUUCAGAUUUUGGGUGCCAAUAUGUCUGCUCUUGGGCUAUCACAGAAACCUAUUUAUGUUCAUGCUGAGCAGCAGACACCAGACAGGAAUCUAAAUGAUAACCUUGAUACUUUCGAAGCCAUUCCUGAUGCAGUUCCAGUUGUGUUCACUGAACCUCCCAUUGAAGAUCAACUGGCAUGGCAUACACUGUGGCCAGAGUCACACAAACUUUACGGUCAUGGAAAUGAGCUGUUUGCUCUGUGCAGUGAUCAUGAUGGGACACUUGUUGCUUCUUCAUGUAAGGCCCAAUCAGCAGCAGUAGCGGAAAUAUGGCUAUGGCAAGUUGGUUCAUGGAAAGCAGUCGGUCGCUUGCAGUCUCAUAGUUUGACAGUGACACAAAUGGAAUUCUCGCAUGAUGACAAAUUCCUGUUGGCUGUAUCAAGGGAUCGCCAGUUCUCUGUAUUUUCAAUCGAUAAAACAGGCACCGAUGAAACUAGUUACCAGCUUGUAUCAAAGCAGGAGGCACACAAAAGAAUCAUAUGGGCAUGUUCUUGGAAUCCAUACAGCUAUGAAUUUGCAACUGGCUCGAGGGACAAGACAGUGAAGAUCUGGACUGUGGGAAAAGACUCUUCCGUUAAGCAGCUCACGACUCUGCCGCAGUUCAAUAGUAGCGUCACAGCCCUAUCUUGGGUUGGUCUCGAUUGCAAGAGCAAUGACGGGCUCCUUGCAGUUGGAAUGGAAAACGGUCUCAUUGAAUUAUGGAGUCUAUCUGUUAAAAGAAGUGAAGAUGGAGUAGCAGCAGAUGCAGUUGCUGCAGCCCUUGUUGUACGGCUGGAUCCAUUGAUGUGCCAUGUUUCUUCAGUAAAUCGAUUGGCAUGGAGAAAUCGCAGGAAUGAAGAUUCCAGUAGCAGCAUACAGCUUGCUUCCUGUGGGGUGGACCAAUGCGUGAGAGUGUUUGAAGUUAACGUUAACUAA